UUUCAGCAAACACUUCUCGCUGAUUGUGUCACCAUCCCGUGAAAGCAAUGAGUGCCAGAGCGUUGCGUAAGGCCCUGAGCGAGCAGCAGCAGCCACUGCCGCCGCCACGGGCGUCCCCAUCGACCACCAAGACUACAAGCGGCAAGAAGACGAGCACUGAAGCAGUGUCCGAGGCUGAUGCGGAGGACCAGCACGAGGACAGCGACGUCGAGGAGCAACUGGACGAUGACGAGGACGAGGACGAAGUGGUGCCGUCAAGCUCAAGGCGCAUGCAGCGGGGCAAUGUAUUCGACUUGCUGAUGAGCGGCAACGGAGAUGACGACAAUGACAACGACAAUGACAUUGGCGACGAGGACAAGGGCGAGCUCGACGAGGACGACGAGGACAAGGGCGCAGAAGAGCACGCCAAGAAGUUACAGGGCAAAAACGCCGCUCCUGUAGGCCAGGCCAAGGGCAAAAGCCAAAGCAAGAAGGCGAAAUCCAAGGCGAAGUCCAAGGCCAAGGCCAAGGGCAAGGGCAAGGCACAAGCCAGCGACUCUGCCUCGAACGACAACGCUACGGAGCGCGCCGAUUCAGCAAGCUCGGCUGCUGCUCGCGUCGACGCGCAGACUGCAGAGCUGGACGAAAUUGAUCUCGCCAUCCGCGAGGUACAGAAAAAGUACGGCGAUCUGGUCUGGACUGGACCUGCGGCAGACACAAACACACCCGUGUUUGCAUCCGGCUCGGCAGCGUCGGCAAGGCCUGUGCUGUUUGUGGAAGCCAAGAACAUGAAAGCCGAUGUCGAGAUGCGUCGCAUGUUUGGCGCAGCCACGAUCGCAGCUGCCGCGACUGGCGACGAUGGGGACGAGCGUCGGGGUGGCGGCGGCGGUGUUGUGCGCAGAAAUGUGCGAGGCCAACGCCCGCUUGUUCGCCGGACGUAUUGGCUUGCCGGGCCAAAAGACACCUGGCCACUGUCUGGGCGCGGUGGGAUUUCAAUGGAGCCAGAUACCCGCUCCGAUACGGUGGAACGCCGCAGGUCUGCCAAGGACGCGUGGUUUCGCAUCAUGCAUUCCUCGUCCUAUUCAACUGUGCAGGAGCACUUUCUCAUGGCAGUGAACAGCUAUCAAGUUGAUGCAGUUGCGAAUCUGCUCAACAUGUACCCGUACCACGUUGGAUCGCUCGUGCAGCUGAGCGAAGUUUCGAGAAUGCACGGCGACCUUCCCAUGGCGCUCGAGCUGAUCGAGCGGGCUCUCUUUGCCCUCGAAAUGUCCUUCCACUCGUUGUUCAACCCAGCGCUCGGCACGUGCCGGCUGUCCUACCGAUGGCGCGAAAACCGUGACGUCUUCCUUGCCAUCUUCCGCUACCUGCAGCUCAUUGGUCAACGUGGCUGCUGGCGAACUGCGCUGGAGUAUUGCAAGUUCAUGCUGUCGCUCGACCCCUACACCGACCCCAUGGGCGUCCUGCUGAUGAUUGACUUUUACGCGUUGCGCGCUGGGGAGGAGGCUUGGCUGUGCCGCUUGUUUUCCGAGUGGGACCAAGCUCGGUCUCUCUCCUUGCUGCCCAAUUUUGCUUACUCGAUCGCGCUCGCAAAGUAUCGAUUGGCGCAGCAGUUCCUCGACCGCGCUUCAGGCGGCAGUACUCAGAACAGCGGCGCUGGCAGCAGCAAGUCCAAGAAGGGCAAUGCCGCCGCGAAAGCAGCCGAGCUCGACAUUCAGCGCUUGUCCGAUGCCGAAAUCGAGACCGAGUUUGCUCGUCUUUCUCUCGAAGCGGACAAGCAACUUGAAGUUGCCAUGCUCCACUUCCCCGAUGUGCUCCCGAUGCUUUUGGACAAGUGUAACAUUUCGGCUCCUGGGGCGGUCUUCCGACACGAGCUGUUCAAAGAUGUUGCCAGUACUACCUCCGAACUCAACUUGCAUCAAAUUACGACACUCUAUGUCGAGCGUAGCUUUUCCCUGUGGAAGGAGCCGGAGGUGGCUCCAUGGCUAUUACGAGUGGCCAAUUCGGUCAUGCAACUGUACGAUGCCAAGUCGCCCGUGUCUGAAGCCGGGCUGCACGUCCGAAAGACCUUUUACGUCAAAACUCCUCUCAACGUUGUUCGUCACAUUGUUCUUUCAGACUUGAAAGGAGCGAUUGGUGCGCUUACUCAAGAGUCUCGCCCUGCGCGCUUCGACAUGCACGAUCCUCUCCCACCACCCGAUUCCGAGUCUCAAUAUACAGAGCGCACCCAGCCUGAAGAACAACACGCGCUCAGGUCGAUGAGCGUCCGCGAGAUGAUGGCUUCUAUCAUGGCGUCGCUCAUGCCAGGUUAUGCCGCUGAUCAUGUUGGCGCUGUACCUGCGCCACGAGCGGCCCCGGCCCCUCAAGCCCGGCAAAAUGCUGCCGCAGGGCCUGCUGCUACAGACGCUGGCAUUACUACGCUGAUGCAACAGCUCGUUCAAUCACUGCGAUUCCCGAUCAACAGCGAAGGAGGCGGCAUGCCCGGCCAGAUCACCCCUGCAGAUCUACCCGAAUUCGGUGAUCAGGACUUGGACUUUCAGGACGAAGACGAGGAAGAGGACUAUGAAGAGGAUGAAUAGUUGAUCUGGUUCUGAUCUUGGAUGAAUACAGUAAAUGUAUGUUGAGA